UGCGCGGUGUGAACAGCAACAUGUCUGCGCCCAGUGAUAGCGGGGAUGGGGGGCUGAGGAGAAGGAAGGGGGCGCGCGCACCCUCUCACCCACCGCCAGAGGGCACAGCGGAGCCCGGGGGGGAGAAGAGCCGCCAUGGCGGGACCCUGAGGACAGGAACCUUCUGGAUGACCAGGAUUGUCCUCCUGAGAGCCCUGGGGGGACUUUACUUUGUAGCAUUCCUGGUGGCUUUUAAUCAGAACAAGCAGCUGAUUGGGGAGAAGGGUCUGCUGCCAUGUAAACUCCACCUGGGGAACAUCAAAGAGUACUUUGGAGGUAAGAUUGGCGUGGAGGCCUUGAGUUAUGCCCCCACAGUCCUCUGGCUCCUAGACUGGACACACAUGGAUACCCACCUAGAUAACAUUGCUCUGGCCGGCCUCGGGAUUUCAGCUUUCAUUAUCUUUACUGGACGUGCCAACAUGAUCCUGAUGACAACUCUGUGGAUUCUCUAUCACUCGCUGGUGGCCGUGGGACAGAGAUGGUAUUCUUUUGGAUGGGAGUCACAGCUUUUGGAAACAGGAUUUCUGGGAAUCUUUCUGUGCCCUGUCUGGACUUUGUCACGAGUGCCGGAACAAACACCCCCAUCUGGCAUCGUCAUCUGGGCAUUUCGUUGGCUCAUCUUCCGCAUCAUGCUUGGGGCGGGUCUGAUUAAAAUUCGAGGUGACAAAUGCUGGCGUGACCUAACCUGCAUGAACUACCAUUACGAGACACAACCAGUGCCCAACCCUCUGGCCUACUACAUGCAUCGUAACCCAGUGUUGUUCCACCAGUUUGAGACCCUGAGCAACCACUUCAUUGAGCUGGUAGUGCCGUUCUUCGUUGUCAUGGGCAGACGUAUGUGCGCCAUCUUUGGGAUACUCCAGAUCCUCUUCCAGGUUCUUCUUAUCCUCAGUGGUAACCUCAGCUUCCUAAACUGGCUCACCAUUGUGCCAUGUCUCGCCUGUUUUGAUGAUGCCAGCUUCAGCUUCCUGUUCAGCUCCAAGGAUGGGUCAGUCAAACACCAAGUGGCCAAGAUCCAAAGACAAGACGCCAGCGGAGGCAGACUUCUGAAAAGUUAUGGUUCAUACAUCCGCAAGAUUCUCCAUGUGUCUCUGGGAGUCCUCAUUGCCUACCUCAGUAUCCCCGUUGUUGUGAACCUGAUGAGCUCCAAACAACUUAUGAACACGUCAUUCAACCCUCUACGGAUUGUCAACACAUAUGGAGCCUUCGGCAGCAUCACAAAGGAGCGGACUGAGGUGAUCAUUCAAGGAACGUCCAGUCUGGACCCCAGUGACCCGAAUGCCGUGUGGGAGGAAUAUGACUUUAAAUGUAAGCCGGGAAAUCUGACACGGCGCCCCUGUGUGGUCAGCCCUUAUCACUACCGCCUGGAUUGGCUGAUGUGGUUCGCCGCGUUUCAGACCUAUGAACAGAACGAGUGGCUAAUACAUCUGGCUGGGAAGCUGCUUGCCAAUGAUGAAACCGCAACUUCACUUCUGGCUGUCAACCCCUUCCAGGACAAGGCUCCGCCCAGAUGGAUCCGGGGAGAACAUUACCGGUACAAGUUCAGCCGUAUAUGGGGCACACACGCCUCCGAGGGCAAGUGGUGGAUUCGGAAAAGAAUUGCGCAGUAUUUCCCACCGCUCAAUCUGGCAGGCCUGAAGAAAUAUUUCAAGUCACGCUCUUGGCCUCUGCCGUCUCCAUCCUGAUGGUGGCGUUUUUUAUCAUUAGGGAUUGUUUUCCCCUAAAAGCGAUAUAUGUGUAAUUUUAUACUUUUUUAUAGAGAUGAAUCAGGUACUUCCUAGCCCACUCUGAGAGUGGCGUUUUGUAUCCCGAUGCUACGAUUAGUGUUACUACUGAUCUCUUGAACUGUACUUGACACAACAAGGCUAAUUUACUAAAGGAGUUAAGACUCUUCAACCAAUAAGUGGUGCUGAGUUAUUAAAUCAUGCAAACUCCCGUUCACUUUAAAUACCCAAUCGUGUGCAUAUGAAAAAGGUAGACCGGAAUUUUCACAUCAUUGUCAAGUGAAUAUUCACACAAUUUAUUGUGUGAAGAUCCUCAACUCCUUUAGUAAGUUAAGGCAUUUUGCACUUUGAGCCAUUACCCAACCUGUGAAUUGCUGUACUGGAGACUGGCAUGAGUACCAUGAGUCUCAAGAAUAUAAGUGCCAAGUCUGGCUGCCCCUCAUCUGAAAAGGAAAAUGUGAACACUAGUAAUGUUAGGUAUUGAAACUGUAUUAAAGCUGAACUCCAAUCAAACUGCUGAAUACACAAAUUAAAUAAUUUUCUGCAUAUU